AUGACGGGAACCAUGGCGGAAAUUCAAGGGGCAAUUAAUCAAUUGAAUACUUCAAUUCAAAAAGUUCUGGGUAAUCAACAAAUAAUUGUGGAUAAUCAAACUAAACUAAAUAGUCGCACGGUUAAGUUAACUCAUGAAACCGAAAGAAAACAAAUUGAGUAUAGUCCUCAACAACGCCUAAAAAAUCAAGAAUACUAA